AAUGGUGGCUAGGAGAGGGAAAAGAGCAAAGCCACCUCUCCAAAGACCGGUAGCAAACUGCAAUGUUAGCAGGAAGUAUGAAAAUUGCAGAAACUGGUUCAGGGCAGGAGUUCCUGCUAAUGGGAAACUGCCCAUUGCAAAACUCUUUUGUUCAGCCUUUUCUUUGGAGCAGUAACUGAGCUGAAUUUAAUUGGAACAACUUGCAAAGACUCCAUAAGCCCAAUUGCAUCACAGAGACCCAGAAAUGUAGUAUUACUCACAGAUCAUUUGUUGCAGAAGGGGGCUGUGUGCCUUAAUUAUUAAGUGGCUACAAGGGGGACAGCAGCAGUUGUGAAAAAAUGAGGUGGACCUUGGGGGCCCAGGAUGUAUUGUAUGAAUUCAAGGCCAAAAGUAUAAAGAAGAAGAAAGUAAAUCUGUUGAUAUCUGUAGAUGGUGUGAAAGUGGUGCUGAAGAAGAAGAAGAAGAAGAAAGAGUGGGACUGGGAUGAGAGCAAGCUGCUGGUGAUGCAUGACCCAAUCUACAGGAUAUUUUAUGUGUCCCACGAUUCCCAGGACCUCAAGAUCUUCAGUUAUAUCGCCAGGGAUGGCUCCAGUAACACCUUCCGCUGCAAUGUUUUCAAGUCCAAAAAGAAGAGUCAGGCCAUGCGCAUUGUCCGAACAGUGGGGCAAGCAUUUGAAGUCUGCCAUAAGUUGAGCCUUCAGCAUACACAGCAGAAUGCUGAUGGCCAAGAGGACAGCCAUAGUGAGAAGGGCAGCGAGGAUUUGGAGGCACCAGCUGGUGGUCUGGCUGAACCUGAACCUGUCAACACUACUGAGGAAACAGACAUUGAUGCUGUGGACAUCAGACGGCCAGGGAGUGAUCGCUUGGAAUUCAACAGGGGAGUGACAGACCUUGAUGCCGUUGGUAAAGAGAUGUCUGGCCUACUUUGCAGCAAGGACUUGGUCCAUAAAGAGAAUAUCCUCAUGGCUUCUCCUAAAAUGCUUCUCCCUUCUUCUGCCCAGUUGCCUGAGCCGGAAGUUCCUCUCUCUGCUCACCACCAAAUGCAGUUUCUGCAACAGCUUUUGCAGCAGCAGCAGCAACAGACUCAGUUUGCUGUGGCUCAGGUACAUUUGAUGAAGGACCAGCUGGCCACAGAGGCAGCUGCCCGCCUUGAGGCCCAGGCCCGAGUUCACCAGCUCUUGCUUCAGAAUAAGGACCUUCUCCAGCAUAUAUCACUUCUGGUAAAGCAGGUGCAGGAACUGGAGGCAAAACUGCUGGGAUCCAACACCAUGGACUCCCAAGACAGCUUGCUGGAAAUCACCUAUCGAUCAGGUGCCCUACCUGUUCUGUGUGACCCCACCACCCCUAUGCCUGAGGACGCCCACUUGCUCCAGCUCGACCACAGCUUCUCCAAUGUUUCCAGUUCUCUGGGCAGCCCUUUAGGUAGGAGUGACUGCUUGGUGAAGCUAGAAUGCUUCCAUUUCCUUCCUAGUAUGGGCCCUCCUUUGGGCAGCCUGGAGUUCAUCAAAUUCCGUGAGUCUGGUAUUGCCUCUGCGCAUGAGUUCAACGUGGAUGAGAGUGAGGAAUGGGACUCAUGGGCCCAAGAGGAGCCCCGUCGCUUGCUCAAUGUCCUGGACAAGCAGGGGCUGGGAGAUAGCCUGGAAGAUGAGGUUGCCCUAUGAAAGGAAGAUGAAGUGUCUUAGGUCUGAUGAUAACUGAAAUAAUGUUUGCAUUUCCUUUAAAAGGGUCUUAGUGAGCCUGUCUUUUCUGUUUCUGUUCUCUAUGUCUGGGUGCAGAUUUGUCCUGUGAAAAAGGGUGAGUCUUGGGGAACAAAGGUUGAAUUAUAGUUCCCGGUCCACACAGUUAGGCCACUUUUUUCUACUGACAGAACAGAUGUUACCUAAGAUAUCCCAGGGCCCCAGGACUUCCAUCACUCUAGUGUUGGAAUCUCAAGAGUCUUAACUUUCUUUUAGGAAAGCAGUUUUGAGAGUGAAAGGAUAGUAUUGAAACUGCACAGAUAAACACCCAAAAGCCAGCAAUGGGAGUGGAGAAGUUACCACAGGCCUGGAGUCAUGUCUUCAGGGCCCAGUAUUUCUCUUUGCCUCUCCCUAUAAAUAUGGCAAACAUAAUAAAUUAUGCAAGUCUAGCACAUGGAUCUACAUUUGCCUAGUUUGCAAAAUGCCAUUAGGGAAGAGAACAUGUUGUAUAGAAUGUGUUUGACUCUGGCACAGAACUGCAUUGUUUGCAUUGUGUUGCUUUCUGUGGGUAGAGUAUAUAGAGUCCUGCUCUUAGCCAAAACUUUCCAACUUUCUGCCUUUCCUGUUUAAGACUCCCUAUUUAGUCUUCAGACAGGACCAGUAACUGCCUUAUGUCUGUGUAAGUUGAAGAAAAUGGUUCAGCUUUGAACCAAUUGUGUGUGGAGAAAUUGUUUAACAUGACAUCCAUGUUCUUUUGGAAUUUGAGCUUGGUCAUUCAUGAAUACAUUCUAGAAAAGGCUUCCCCAAUCCCAAAAGAGCAGCUGUAGCAUUUUGUCUUUGGAGUGGGAUCUUAAAAAUAAGAAGUCCCUGUCAGGGCAUCUUCUCCAUAGUCCAUCCCAAACAAAUAUAGACUGUGUUGCUGGCUUGACACCUCAGUAAGCCAUCGUGUGCUUUGUUUGGUUUUGGCUUAAUAUGUUCUGUAAACACAUCUAUUGUCUUUCAUUCACCAACAAAAAAUGGGUGGCUUGCUGCAGUACAUGAGCCCAGCCUGUGUCUUUGAUGCAACCAGGUGAGCAGGGCCGAUCACGUAUGUCUUCUCAACAUAAUAGAGUCCCUCUUGUAUAACUGGGUGCUGAUUACCUAGUAAAGAUUCUGCUUUCAUAAUUGGGCUGCUCAUAUGUCAUUUGCAUAUGGCCCAAACACACAAGUGGCCUUUGUGCCUGAAGUGGCUGCAGAAAAAGGUUGACCUGACAUGUAAAGUUCCUUUCUAGCUUGGAUUUUAAUUCAAAUGAUAAAAUAACUUUGGGGGUUUUAAGUGUUUGCUUUAUGUUAUGGCAAUGUGAUAAAUUUACCUGGAUUUGUCCUUUGAAGUGUGCCCAGAUUAACUUCUGAACCAUUAGCAGUUAAAAUAUUUUCUGCUUGACAUUGUGAUUGCUGCUUGGGAGUUAAAACUGUAGAUCUUGUUUUUGUUCAAAAAUACUUUCUGCAAAAUGGAUCUCUAGAUUUUCAGUUAGGAUUGUAGUCACUUUAGGGAAUAGUUGGGUAAAACUGCACAACUGUUGGACAAGUUCUAAACUGUCCCUGUGCAAAGAAAGUGGAAAUUUAACUUCUUGUAUAGGCUGGUGGAAAAUAUUCAAAAUUAUGGCUUCCAGAAUUUAAUUAUGAUUGGUGGCCAGUGGCAGUGAUGGCUCUCUCCUCAUUCCUAUCUUUGCCAUUGGCAAGACCUGUAACUGAAACUGGGAUGGGAUAGGGAUCCCUGCCUUCGCAAAAUGACUUUAUGUCUAUGAUAGAGAGCUAAAUAUCUUUUCUUUUCACUUUUCUUUUUCAAAAAUUGUCAGAUUAAUUCUGCUUUGCUUUCCUGGUGUCAUUUGUCAACUGUGUCAUAUUUUCUUUCACAAAGCGUUCCCUGAGCUUAAGGAAUUAUUACGUCCAGACUUUCCAACUUGGAGAAGAUUUGGCAGCAAUGGGAGGUCAGAGUCAACACUUCUCUGGG